AAAGACGUAUUAACGCCAUUAACUAUAACUAUUGUCUAUACUCAGAUUGCCAUUUGGUAAUACGGGAAUGAGAACAAAUUAGUCUCUAUUGUGUUUACUGUUGUUGUAAAUUGAGUAAUAACUUAUAAGUUUAUUAUUUCUAUCAAUACUCAGUAAUCCUUUUGAUUGUGUUGCACACUUGUACGAUAAUACUGAAAAUAAGGUCGACAUCUACGAAAAUGUUAAAAAUCGUUGAUAGAAUAGAAAAACAUCAUCAAUAAAAAAUUGAAUACUUCCGAUAUUUAUUUAAAAAAUUGACUCUAUCAAUAUGACUGUGAGUACUGUUAAAAUAUGACCGAGAUCAAUGGAGACUUCAGCAUUAAUGAUAACCAUAUCAAAGUCCAAGCAGCAAAACCCGGGCAAACGAGUAAUGUAAAUUGUGAUAAAAUGACUAUUAAAACUUCUAGAGUUAAUGAAGAUAAACCACUAUUAACUGGUACAGCUACACUCUACAAUCAAAAUGGAAGUAAUUGUCUUUCUCCAUCUCCUAGAACAUUACCCAUUACAAAUAUUUCUAGUGGUCCAAUGAGUGAAUCACUGGAAAAAAAUGGCACCGAUGGUGGUUCAACCUCAGAUUAUAAUCCAUUGCUAAACAGACAAUUAGAAAAUCCAACAUCGAAUUUUGAUACCAUGAUACAUUUAUUAAAGGGAAAUAUUGGUACUGGAAUUUUAGCUAUGCCCGAUGCGUUCAGAAAUUCAGGAUGGGUUGUAGGUUUAGUAUGUACAGCACUUUUAGGAGCUGUCUGCACACAUUGUAUGCAUAUAUUGGUACGGUGCUCUCAUGAGUUGUGUGUCAGAACACAAAGACCAUCUCUUUCAUUUCCUAAAGUCGCAGAAAUGGCUUUUGAAUACGGUCCACCUAAAUUACAAAAAUAUUCAUCAGCUGCUAGUAAAUUUAUUAAUACUUUUCUAGUUAUGACUCAACUGGGUUUUUGUUGUGUGUAUUUCUUAUUUGUAGCCACUAAUUUACAAGAGGUGAUAACUCAUUACUUUUUUAUUAAAUUGUCUGUUCAAUCAUAUUUGCUUAUACUACUGGUGCCAAUGAUACUUUUGAAUUGUGUGAAGAGUCUAAAGUACCUGACUCCGGCAUCUUUUUUAGCAACUAUAUUGACUGUGAUUGGAUUAGGAAUAACUUUUUUCUACUUACUUCAAGGACUUCCAAAAACAUUAAAUGUCAAAGCUUUUUCAUCUUGGCAACAGUUACCUCUCUAUUUUGGAACUGCAGUAUAUGCAUUUGAGGGCAUUGGAAUGGUUUUACCAUUAGAAAAUAACAUGAAAAACCCAGAAUCUUUUGGUGGAAUGACUGGUGUUUUAAAUACUGGAAUGGUCAUUGUAACAUGUUUAUAUACAUCAAUUGGAUUUUUUGGAUACUUGCGAUAUGGAGAAGCUGUUAAAUUAGGAAGUAUUACAUUGAAUCUUCCUGCUGAAGAUUUGUUAGCUCAAUCUGUCCGAGCAGCAAUGGCAUUUUCAAUAUUCUUGUCUUACGGUCUUCAAUUUUAUGUUCCAAUUGGUAUUGUAUGGCCUGCUUUAAAAGGAUAUUUUCACUCACAGUCUAGUCAACGUAAUGCUGAAUUGAGCAUCAGAGUGUUUCUUGUCACACUAACAUUUGCUUUAGCCGCUGCUAUUCCAAACCUGUCAGCAAUCAUUUCUUUAGUUGGAUCAUUUAGCAGCUCAGCACUAGCUUUGAUCUUUCCACCUAUUAUCGAAAUUAUGACAUUCUGGGAUCAUUGCUCUGGUAAAGAGUUUACACUGAUGUUUAUUAAAGAUAUUAUUAUUAUUAUAAUUGGUUUUCUUGGAUUUGGUUUUGGAUCAUAUGCUAGUUUAUGGAAUAUCAUUGAACCCAUAAGCAGUUAAUUUAGCAUUGGGUAUAAAAAUGCUUCAAGUAUCCACCAGUAUUUCAAUUAUUGAUCUUAAUAAUUUAUUGUCUUCCUAUAUCAAUUAUAGUUUUAAUUUUUUUAAUAAGUAGGUAAUUGUGUUUAUAAAGUAUUCAAUAGUCAAAAAAAAAAUUCAUUAUUUUGAAAUUUUUUUUAUUUGAAAUGACAAUUGCGUAAUAUUUAAUUUUAUUUUUAUGAUAAAUUAUUUAACAUCCAAGUUUGCUGCUACCUGUCAAAAAGUGUAUUUUAAAUGGUAUUAAUUAUCAUCUACUAUUAUAUUUUUAAAACACAUUUUAAAUGUAAGACUCAUGAAAAUGUAUCAACAAUUGAGUAUGUAGAUACAUUUUCAGUUCUUUAAAUUGUAUAUUUGGUUUUUAAAUAAACUAUUAAGCUAUUUUAACUAAACCUUUUACCAUAAUUAAAAUCUCACUUUUUUAACCACCUACGAGUAUGUGAUU